UUAAUAAAGUGUUUCUUGUCAACAUUGAGCUUUGUCAGCCUCCUGGAGGUGAGCGACACACGGGUGUCCCAGCCUGUGCCUGAUAACGCUGAGCGAUUCGACAGCCCAGUGAGCGUGCUAGGCUCUGUGGGUUUCUGCUCAGGCAUUCACAGCUGGGAGGUGGAGGUGGGGCCUAAGAAGGCCUGGACUCUGAGCAUAGCCAAGGAGGGUGUAGCCCGGAAAGGCAAUGUGAUGGUCAGCCCAGAGGGCGGGAUCUUGGCGAUGGGGAUGUGGAACGGUGAGCAGUAUAGCGCUGGAACUGCCCCCCUGGGUACCCCGUUGGUUCUGAAGAGGAAGCCCAAGAGGAUCAUGGUCAAGCUGGACUAUGAGAAAGGAAAGCUCUCUUUCUAUGACUCCAGUGACAUGUCACUCAUCUAUACGUUCGAACACAGGUUCACAGAGAGACUGUUCCCUUACUUCUCUCCCUGUCUCAACUCUGAUGGCACUGACCCUGGAGUGCUGAGGAUCUGCCCUGAGAAGGUGUCUGUGGCACCUAUUCACUGA